UGGUCGAUACAAUUUGGUAUCCGUUAUCAACUAGAAUUCGAAAUAUUGUGUGAACCUUGGAGCUAUGGCUUCCUUAUCGACGAUAACUCAACCGUCUUUAGUGCACAUUCCCGGCGAAUCCGUCCUCCAUCACGUACCAAGCACGUGCUCUUUCCCGUGGAAACCAACUAUCACCACGAAGCGGAUUAUCUGUUCGCCUGCUAGGAACUCUGGUGAGGUAUCGGCAGAAGCAGAAACCGAAGUUGGAUCUAGCACCGCCGUGGAUGAAGCACCAAAAGAAUCUCCGUCUUUAAUAUCCGCUCUCAACGUCGAACGCGCUCUUCGUGGCCUUCCAAUUACAGAUGUUGAUCACUAUGGACGGCUUGGGAUUUCUAGAAAUUGCUCUUAUGAUCAGGUUAGAAUUGGUUACCAAGAUAGAGUUAAGGAGCUAAAGGAACAAGGCCUAGACGAAGAACAACUCAAGAACAAGAUGGAUCUUGUCAAAGAGUCAUAUACGAUAUUGUCGACCGUGGAAGAGAGAAGAAUGUACGAUUGGAGUCUAGCCAGAAGCGAAAAAGCAGAGCGGUACGUGUGGCCAUUUGAGGUUGACAUCAUGGAACCAUCCAGGGAAGAGCCGCCUCCUCAGGAACCGGAAGAUGUCGGACCAACGAGGCUUUUAGGAUACUUCAUUGGGGCAUGGCUUGUCCUUGGUGUUGCUCUUUCUGUUGCAUUCAAUCGUUAGCCAAAUUUCGUUUCUUUAAUUAUACUCUUCUUCCUCACUUCAAAUCCGAUGUAUAUUUACCCGAUUAGAUAUCUACGUGUAAUAUACUACUAAUAUAUCUGAUGAUGUACUUCUUCAACCUACAACAACGUAAUGUAUCUCAUGUAUGUUGGGGUAAUUUAUGUAUCACGUUUCCACGUAGUAA